GUUUGACUGUCACAGACGAUUUCUACCACCUGAUCAUCCAUACCGCAGGAGUAAGACUUCGUUUACGAAGAACAAGCAGGUGUUUGAUGGUCCACCUAAGGAAGUUAGUAGGAAAGAUUUGUUGAAGCAGUUUAGGUAUUUUGAUGCAUAAAGGACGCCAGAUGUAGGUGGACAUGAAAACAUUCGAGUCAAUGCGGUUGGAGAGCUACAUAACUGGCACAAAAAGAGUAUUUUCUGGGAUCUGCCAUAUUGGGAGAGUCAUCUAUUGCGGCAUAAUUUAGAUGUCAUGCAUAUUGAGAAGAACUUCUUCGAUAAUCUGAUGAACACAGUCCUUAACAUCCAAGGUAAAACGAAGGAUAAUUUGAAGUCAAGGUUGGAUUUAGUCGAUAUUUGUGAUCGUUCUGAACUUCACGUUGAUGAGAACGGUACGGCCCCUUUUCCCAUUUAUCGGCUGGAUGGUGCUAGAAAAGAAGAGUUCUUUGAUUGGAUUACAGAGAAAGUGAAAUUUCCUGACGGAUAUGCAUCAAAUUUGGGGAACUGCGUUGAUAGAAGCGAAGGAAAGUUUAUUGGCUUGAAGAGUCAUGAUUGUCAUGUAAUUAUGCAGCGCCUCCUUCCGUUUGCCUUUUCAGCAUUAUUGCCACGUAAUGUUCAUGAAGCAAUUGCAGGCACUAGUGUUUUUUUCCGUGACUUAUGCAGCAGAGUAUUGACUGAAGAGGGUAUUAAUAAUUUGAAGACAAACGCACCAGUCAGCAUGUGCAACCUUGAGAAGAUAUUUCCUCCAUCAUUCUUUGAUGUAAUGGAACAUCUUGCUAUUCAUCUCGCAAGAGAAUUGGAACUUGGUGGUCCUGUGCAGUACAGAUGGAUGUAUAUUUUUGAGCGUUAUAUGCAUCAUCUGAAGAAGAUGGUCAAAAAUCAAAGCAGGGUGGAAGGAUCUAUAGUGGCACAGGUGAUCAAUGAAGAAACUGCAAUCUUUGCUGAAAAUUAUUUUCCACCAGAAGUGCAAACAAAACACCGAAGACCUGCUCGGCAUGAUGAUAGAGGGGAGAGAGCAACAUAUCAUGUUACUGUCCCAAGCAUGUUCAAGGAAAUAGGACGACUUAGUGGAAAAUUCACGAAGCAGAGACUUACGGACACUGAGAACGCUCAUUUGCAAACAUAUUUGCUCACCAACUGUGAAGAUGUUCUACAAUAUGAGAGUGUAUAUAUGGCGGAGUUGCGUAUGACUCACAGGCAUGCAACAGAAGAUGAGCUUCGACAACUUAGAGAUAACGGAUUUGCUGCGUGGCUUCGUAGUUAUGUGAGUCAUAUAUCAUAUUACCCUAUUUUCGCGAAUUGGCAUUUAGUAUAA